CAGUCCCUGCAGGCUGGAAGUGCCCUCGCUCUCUGGCCCCGGGCUCCAGAUGGCUGCAGAGGUGGCCCAGGGCUGUGGUCAGGAAGCAACGUGGUGCAGGGUGUCACAGAUGGCAGGCAGACACAGCGGGAGCCAGGCACACAGGGACCAGAGCAGGGGGCUCUGAGCAGGGGUGCCCCCCUGCCAGAUGCCCUCAGACGCAUGACCUUACCUGUGCACAGAGAGCACAGAGCCUGUGAUCAUGGCUUUGGGCUCCAGUCUGGCUGUGCGGACAGUGGCCCAGCCCAGCUCCCCAAGACCCCAGGCCUCCCAGACUGGUGGAGCUGGUCACUAGCUUCCUACCGCCUGUCAGGGAACAGCUCCAAUGGGUACAGAUCAGACACAGCUGGGCGCGUGCCGUCCCAGGUUACCAGGGUCUCCAUCUGCCCAUCCGGCACCAGGGCUGACCCUCAGUGGGCUCGGGCUCUGGGAGUUCUGCAGCUGCCGGCAGAGGUGGAUGAAGACCAGCGUCUCCAUGGCCAACCCAGCAGCGACCGACUUCCUACGGCUGCUGAGCCCACCCAAAGUCCUGCCCACGCUGGGCCAGGAGCUGGGGGAAUUCGAGGGCCCGCUGUGAGGGUCCCACAGGACUUCUACCACGUCAACCCCUACCGGAGCACAGGCCUCCCUGUGGCCAUCCCUCGGACUGUGACACCACCUCCUGCUCCCCCUGCAGGCUUGGGCCUGGCGCAGCCCCUGCCGGGCCGCCUUCACCGGCCUGGCCUCUGGUUGCUGGUCUCCGGGACGGUGGCCCUGGUCAUGUCCCUGCCGCCUGCAGAUGAGAACUUCUACUUCGGGCAGGGACACAUCCGGGCCAUCAAGACCUUUGCCUUCUCCCUGCCUUGGGUCUCCAUCUCACUGCUCACCCUCAGCCUCGGCUCCGCGGGCACCGCCUCAGGGGGCCGACCACAUCCCCAGAGCCCUCCACAUCAUGGCUGCCAACCUGGCCACUUUCGUGCUCUGUGUCCUCCCAGUGCACGUGGCCUUGGUGGCCGAACUUGCAGCCAAGCAGGCGAGUGCACCCUGCCCCACCACCCAGCACGUCACUGAUUUGUGCGGGGUACCACCCGCCUGUCCUUGACUUUCCAGGGAUGGACGCGGGGCACACCUGCAGGUGACCACCCUGACCUGGGUGUCUGCAGCGGGGCAGCUAAGGAGAGCCCCACAGGAGGGGCCCCACACACGGCCUUGCAGCAGGCGGCACAGGCCCCCCACAAGGAAACAGUCCCCUCCCCCACCAUGGCACCCACAAGAAGCAGCCUCCCUGCUCACAAUACUGCUUCAAAUUCAUGAGUCCUGGGGCUGGGGACUAUUGCUCAGCAAGUAGAAUUUAAGCAAGGAAUUUAAGGAUCACCCCCAGAUCUUUGUUCUUCCUGCUCUGCUGGCUUGGACCCUUGGGCUGCUUGCUUUGCGGCAUGCGCCCCCUCCCCAACCCCAGCCCUCAAGCUCCAGAAUGACCCUGACUUAUGCUAGGCUGACCUCCAACCUCUGUACUCCACCCCUGAGGGUGCUCAGGAAGGGAAGGACUCUCCGAGCACCCAGGUAGCACUCCUUGGCAAGUACUGAGAAGGGUGUUUAAAAAAACACACAUUUUUCUGUGUCACCUAUAGAUCAUGAUUAGACACCAAAAUCUAUCAAAGUUCCAAGGUCUCUCUUCAGGCCUGUAACACCACUGCAGACCGAAGCUCAGGAUCCAGAAGCCUGGAUCCCAGGGUUGUGGGACGCACGUUUACAGAGACACAGACGCUAAUUAAGUUUAAAGACAUUCCUUUGCAGGGCACCUGGGUGGCUCAGUGGGUUAAAGCCUCUGCCUUCGGCUCAGGUCAUCGUCCCAGGGUCCUGGGA